AUCAGUCUCUCGAGCAUCGUUAGAAUUUGUCUCAUGUGCUUGAAAGCUGCACUUGGUCAAAUCUCCUGUAUUCUCUCUUCUAACUUUGAAUUAUAUCGUUUUAUUUUCAACACUGUAUUCAGGAAAAAUCGGGAAAAAAUAACAAUAAUCGAUUGAAUUGCCUCCAUAAAAGUGUUUAAACUAAUGAAAAAUAGCUGCAGUGUAAGAAAAUUCUAUUAAUCAAGUGUCUCACAAACUUGCAAUUGACAGUGAAAUUGAAACGAAAGAUAAAAGAGGUGACAAAAGCUUCAAUGACGAUGUGCUUGUCUAUACGGAAAAUUUAUCAACAGUAAAUAAUAAAAAAAAAGAAGUGUGAACUGUAGCGAUAGUGAGAAAACCCAGAAGUGACCUUGCUGAUAAUUCAGUAUUUAAAAUUUUAAGCUCUUAAAAAAAUAAUAAUAUAUCGUUGUAUAGUUUAGCUCAAGUGGAACUAUAUUGUGACUGAAAUAGCCGUUUCAGUGAUAUCGCGGUUUAUCGCGUGAAGUUUUUUCUUUCAUAAUUAUAUUUUCUUAAUUUAUAAUUUUUCUUUUAAACAUAUUACCCCAGUACGAUGAUCGUAUAAAAAUUUCCUAGAUUUUCCAUAAUAUUGACAAUAGAGAGUUUCUAUUGAACUUGGCAUUUGAACAACUAUGGCAUCCUUCAAGGCCCCAACAGUCAAAGCUUCUUCCCUGAAGUUUCUCCUACGUAGAGAGUUAACGUAAAACACAGAAAGAAAACAAAAUCCCAGUAGAUGAAAAAAAUACAAUCAAUCAAUUGAACUUAAUUGAUAUUUAAAAGUGAUUAGAGGAGGCCUGAAAACAAAAGCUCUACCGGGCAUCAUAUGCAAUUUGUAUUCAAAUGAAAAGUGAAAAGCCAAAAUGGCCGCACGGAAAAUACGAGUGGGAACCGGUAAAAGAUCAUCAGCAGCAGUUUUCAACAGAAUUUUCAACUGAGAGGGUUGAACAAUAUCAUGGUGAAAAUGUGUGAGCAACUGUGUGAAAAACUGGCAAUUUGUGACAUUUUCAAACAUUCUAAUUCAAUAAGUUGAAUUACAAUAUAAAGAUUUUUAAGUGGUAUAAUACGCAAAAGGAGGGAGAAAAAAAGUUCCUGGAGACCAUAUAAAAGUUGAAAUUUUCAACCCUUUUCUUCCUUCAAAGUUCUCCGCAAAAAUUCCAAGAUGGAGGGGGAGUAUGAAUAUGUAAGUUUCGUUGCUUUCUCGAUUUUGUUUAUUCUGCAGCUAUACAUAUCAUGAUUUUUUUUUUUGCCUUCAAACUCUUUAUGGUAACUGUUAACUAUCUCACCCCUUUCAUUGCAAACAAAUUGUCUUGCGCAAAGUGCAUUUUUCAAGGUUACCGCACAUAAUGUAACUCCCACAAACUUUCGACAUUUCCUAAAAAAUUCAAUAAGAAUACGUUUAUUUUAUUGAUAAUCUUAUAUUUCAAUACUACGAUAAUUCACUAUGAUUGAAAACAACAGGAAGAGCUUCAUCCAGGCUUCUCAACAGAGAUAUCCUUGCCAGUGAUGAUGAGUGGUUCUGUGAUAGUGUCUGCAAAGAGUUGUCCAACUGGUUCUACUAUCCCCCAAGAGAACAUGGACGUGUCGAAUCCUUCGCGAACUCCAACACCGGGCAGUAGUCAGCAGCAGCAGCAUGAAUAUGAUGUCACACGCAUGCGUGAGGAGGAUUUUGAACGCUUAGCUGUUUACAUAGUGCCCGAUGUGCCCUGUGAACGAGGUGUUGCGAAUCGGGCGGAAAAAACACUCCCACGAAGCCUAACACUAAAACCAUCCUUAGUCCUUUCAACACCAAAUGUGCCGACUGAAGGUGUUUGGAGCACUGGUGUUAUUCCAAGGGGUACGAGAUUUGGACCCUUCGAGGGUAUACCAACGCCCAACUUUCCCAGUGACAAGAGGUCAUGGCGAUACUUCUGGAGAGUGCAGGGUACAACACAUGUUACUUAUGGAAAUAUUAAGAUAUUUAAAGAUGCUGACUUCUACUACCUGGACGGAUCAGAUACGAGUCACGCGAACUGGAUGCGAUAUGUAGCGUCAGCGUAUAGUUUGUCCGUUAUGAACCUGGUGGCAUGUCAGCAUCAAGAGCACAUAUACUUUUACACAAUUCGCGAUAUCAUGCCCAAUGAGGAGUUAAUGGUGUGGUAUUGUCGUGAUUUUGCCAAGAGACUGGGCUAUGAUGUUGAUCCAGAACGGGCAACAUAUAGCAUCUGCAAAGAGGAGACUAUGAAGAAGGCGUAUGGAAUUCAAGUGGCGCCCGUUCAUCCGGAAAUCGCUUACAAUCACAUGAAAUUCGUCAUGGGCUUCCACAUUCCGCGACGUACACCAACACCGAGUCCAUCACCACCCCCACCCACCGCUCAGCGACAGGUACAUCAAACUGUUGUGCAUUUACGGACGGAGGUAGCAAGAGAGGCUAACAAUGCAUUGGGACGUGAACAGUCCCCACUUCGUGAGGGAUGUAAAGAAAAGGAUGCUGAAUCGCCAGUUAGCCAAGUGAGCAAAGAUACAACGUAUGAGCACCAACUCACCCCGACUGAUGGAUCUGUACGGUCCGACGAAGGGUACCACAGCAAUGGGUACCACGAUGAUGGAUUUACACCCCCAGAAGACUCAAGUGACAGCGAAAGUGAGAACAAUUAUGUGUUAGACUGUUCAAAAAAGACUAUUGCACCUAAAGAAACCACCGUAAUUACUUUGAAAGCCGACGUGGCCGAUAAGAAUGAGUAUAGGAAGGUGAAGAUGAAAAUGCCGCUAAAGUAUGAAUUUAAGAAUAGCAAGAACAUAAAAUUAGCGCCAAAUGUUGAGGGUGAAAAGGAGGCUCCUAAGGAGGUGACAAUCGAGAAGACUGCGAGUCCCAAGAGAGUCGUUACACCGGCUACGAGUACCGUUAUUGUUCUGGACUCAUCUCCGCAUGCUGUUGUACCGCUCACGAAACCCUUCUACGAAGCUGAAACGACAUCACCACCGCCACCGGCUACCUACAUGAGGUAUACACCACCUAGUUCUAGCAUUUUAGAGACAAUCCUCACUGGGAAUCGACCAGAUGAGUCUGUGAGACGUCAGCCAAAUGCCACACCACCACCGACAUCACCUACAGAGAUGGCAUACUCCUACAAGAAAUCUCAGCGUUACGGGAACGCAUGCAGCCCUGAUUCCAGUUCAAACUUACAGAGUCCUAUUGCAAUCACUCAGAUGACGUCUGCAGCACAAACGCCCAGGUUUACAACAGUAACACACACGCAAAAAGAAUUGUCGCCGCAACCGUCAACGCUCAUAUAUUCUACUGGUCAGAUACCUAUUACAACCAAUGAAAAUUCACGAUCUCCUACUUACACCUACGGCAUCUACUCCAGUGCUGGAAGCAAUGUAAUUACGCACACCCCUUCCUCCUCAUACUCUCCCCAUGAAGGCCAAUAUGAACGGUUGGGUAGCCAUUCCCUAGCAUCUUCGCCAGGGUUGAUUACUCUGCAGAAUGGGAACCAGAUCCAGUUGUCGCAUCAUCUGAUGACUCCCCUAACACCCCUCCAAAGACUGUCUCCUCAUCGAGUCUCACCACCCUGCAGUAUAAGUCCAGAUGGAAUGUCCUGUACGCGAAGCGGAAGCCCUCUGAGUCCCAAUUCAGCUGGUUCACGAGGCUAUCGAAGUCUCCCGUAUCCGUUGAAAAAGAAAGAUGGUAAAAUGCACUACGAAUGCAAUGUAUGUUGCAAGACGUUCGGCCAGUUGUCCAAUCUCAAAGUUCAUCUGAGGACACAUUCGGGCGAACGUCCAUUCAAGUGCAAUGUCUGCACAAAAUCUUUCACACAACUGGCACACCUGCAGAAGCAUCAUUUGGUGCAUACGGGUGAGAAGCCCCAUCAAUGUGAUAUUUGCAAGAAGCGUUUUUCCUCCACAUCAAAUCUCAAAACUCACCUACGCCUCCAUAGCGGACAGAAACCCUAUGCCUGUGAUCUCUGUCCGCAGAAAUUCACUCAGUUUGUCCACCUCAAAUUGCAUAAGAGACUUCAUACGAAUGAUAGACCCUAUGUGUGUCAGGGUUGUGAUAAAAAAUAUAUAAGCGCAUCAGGAUUGCGUACGCAUUGGAAGACAACCAGCUGCAAACCUAACAACAUCGAAGAAGAACUGGCCCUUGCUGCUGCAGCCACCUCAGAAUGUUUCGCGGGUGCAUCAGAGAAGGACCAUGGCGACCCUGUUCAGCAUGAUGUGUACGAGAUGCAUCACGUGAGUAGUCAUUCUCACCUGAGGCAUAUUGGACAGCCACCUCCAACGCUUAUUACCAUCGCAAGUUCCCCGCAUCAUCAAAAUCCCCCCCAAGGAUCACCGUUGACUCAGAUGCGAACGCACGUGGUUCCGUCCAGCAUACAACAAGGCGUAUCUGGGCAGCCUGGCCAAAAGAUCGUUACAAUGGCGAAGGACGGAACUACAUCUAUCCAGAGUGGGCACCCCUCGGGCCAAAGCAAUCAUUACAACCACUCACAGAAUGGUGAUUCCAGGCCCAGUGUUAUUGAGUCAAGUCAGCCUCUUAUAAUUGAGUGUACAUAAGGGCUACGUUAUGUAUAUUAGGAGCGAUUCACCCAAAUCCACAAGAAUUAAUUAAAACUUAAUAUCAGUUAUUACUAAUUAGUCAACUGUAUUGAAAAAAGAAAACAACUAAUUAGGAAUAUGGAUAUUCUGACUGAUUAGAUUAAUGCUAAAACAUCUUAUUGGACAAAUACUGUAUUAUUUGACUCAUUAAUCAAUUCAACUGUUUGACUGAUAGUUGAAUAAUUGUACAUAUAUUUAAAUAAGUCUCAUGUAAUUUGAACCAUUAACUCAUCACAAGUUCUGCAAAAGAGGGAUAUUGAUUUAAUUGGGAAGAUUGAGCAAUUCUGGAUUAAGAUUUUAAAUGUUUUACCCCGGGUUAUGACCAGCGCACAAUAACUUUUGUUUAUAAACAUGUUUUCAAAAUUUUCUGUGAGAGUGAGCGAGAUGACUAUAUCUAGAUUUCAUUCACUCUCAUUGAAAUGUCAAAAACAUAUUUACAAAACAAAAAUUAUUGUGCGUUGAGCAUUAAAAUUAAUUUCUAGAGUAACAUAACAAAACAGAUUAAACAAAUGUUGUUUUUUAAUAUAUUUUACCAAAAUGUUAUUAUGUGUUUGAAAAGAAUUACUUACGUCCUCUACUAUUUUUUGGUUUACGUUAUUAUAACAGUUUUGGAUUUCUGUUGGUGUGUGAUGUCUGUGUUGCAUUUUGCAAUGUACCUCAAAUUCGACAUCCUUAGGACAUUCAUGAAUAAUUUUGAAUACGGUUUCUUUUCUUGAUUUUCUGUUCUUGGAAACUUCUCUUAUUAAAGUUAGUAACCGCAGUAACCUAUUUACCUUUAUAGCUUUCAUCUUUCUGUUAUAAAAUUCGUUUUGACGCCAUCUUGCUUUGUUCCGCUUGGUAAAAAUUGGAGCACCCAAUAAACAACUUAACAUUAGCACAUUAUUCCCUAAUGUAAUAAACAAAAAAAAAAUUAUAUUGUUAAUAAAAGUGUUCGAAACUGAACCCAAGUCGAACUACAAUGGAUUAUGGUUUUAGGACUUGUUCUUGUUGUAACGAUCUCAAUUCUUUAAUAACAAGAGCAAAAAUAUUGAUAACAUCUAUACAUUUCACAAAAAAAGGUGUCACUAUUUAUUUUAAAAAAAAAUGGGAAGUCGUCAUACUUUUUCCCAAAAAUAUAAAAUCUGAAACUUAAGAACACUAAAAUCUUCAUUCCGGAAUUGUUAAUAUGUUCCAAAUGUUAAUCAAAAUCAUUAAGAGUAGGGUAUGUGAAUUUGGAUAAGACAUUCAAAUUGGCAAAUUCUGUUAACAAGAAAAUAUUGUACUUAUCCUAAGCACCUCUAAAAUAAAUAUAUUUCUUAUAUCAUCCCCAAAUUCCAUCAUAAUACUGUUACUUUUCAAAUAUCUGAAAAAAACGAAGAUCAUCUCCAUGUUUCCUAUAAAAUAAAUAAAAAAAUCUUCAAUAAAACUCACUGAUAGAGUCUUAAAAAAAUUGUAAAUAGAUCCGUAGAUUGAAAAAAAAGAAAUCAUUAAACUUUAUUCUGAAAAUAUAGCACACACUGUGUAAAUUGUAUAAAAUAAUAUGAAAAAAGAGUUUCUUCCAAAAAAAAAACGGUAAACAACAUAAUAUUCUUGAUUUUAUAUUCUAUUUCUUCCAUCUUAGUUUUGUCUAUUUAGUUUCUGUGUCAUUGCUGAAUGAUGGAGUAUUACAAAAAAGAAAAAAACAAAUUAAAUACUAUUUAGUAUGUAAGAAGACCCUUUCUAUUUAUUGAAACUUUACCGUGUAGUAUAAACAGAUAUAUUUAUAUGCUCUUUGUAUUUGUUCAUAUUUAAGACAAAUAAAUUAGGAAAAAAACAUAUUGCAUAAUGUAAUGAAUAUUACACACAUUUUAGUAACAAUUAAAUGAUGUAAUAGACUACAAUAUUUCCACACAAGAAUAAAGAAAAAAACUAAGGAAAAAGGUUAAAAUCUUAUAAAAUAAAAUAUUUAUAAAAGAAAAAAAAGAAUAUUAUGGAGAAAUAUAAAUAAUUACAUCAAAAAAUUAGCUGAAGAUCGGUGCUUAACCUGCAAUAUUUAGGGUUUUCUAUAUAACUAGUAAAUAAAUAAAUGUAGUAUUUAAAGUGACAAAGAAAAAUUGAAUAAAAGUUGAAGGAUAUUGUAUUAUACAGUAAAUGUGAGAGGAAACUUUAAUUCAUACCCAAGAGGAAGAUGAUGAAGAAAUUUUCAAAAUACAUUUUCUAUUUAAAAAAAAAUAUUUCUGUGGCCAAAAACAGCAGGUAAAAACAAUUAUCUUAUAAAAAAGAAAAGAAAGUAAUGUAAAUUUAUUGUUUAAGUAAAGCUCGACGUUUUUAGGGCCAUAGGCAAAAGGAGUACUUGUAAUAAAAAAAAAUGAAGAAAAGGAUUUUAUCUAUAAUACAAACCAAAUUAUUGAAUCCCUAACUAAAAGCCAGAGAAAAUUAGUGACAGUAAAGGGUUAUCAAAAAAAUUACUCAAUGAAAUAAAAUUUUUAUUAAAAAGAAACUUUAAAAAUUAUAAUUUAUUUGGUAACGUGACAUAAAAUACUUUCGUAGACCAUUUCAAAUUGGAAAAUACUGUUAAGUGAGUCAUAAAUUUGUGAAACUUGACAUAUUUCUGUUCAGGUUUUGUUAAAAUUAUCUUACCGAAUAUGAAAUGUUAUCGGUUGAAUUGGUAAAUUAUUUAAAAUUCUAUAAUUUCUGACCCCCAAGCAUAAUCAUGUAAAAUACAGAAACUAUUUCUUUAUUUAAUCUUUAUGAAUUUUCAAAUGUUUGCUAACUUUAUACAAUAAUUUAAAAAGGUUUUACAAGAUUGUGACCCACUUGCAGUACUUCCUCUUCAUUGAGUUCCACAAUACCCUCCACUUUGCUUCUUAUCACUGAAAUUAUUACUAAAAUACAAAUGAUUUUUAUUUUAUUGAAUUUAUUUUUGUAAACUAUAAUUUGAUGGUACUAUUUCAAAAUAAUAUACAUUCUUCAUCUCCCCUUAAUUGAUAAAGACAAUAAGUGCUUUCUUCCCACCGAUUUUUUCCUCAAUUUUUCCUUAUGUUCAUCCAAAUCCAAUAAGAACAUGUCACAAGAAAUCAUCAAAUUGGCAAUUACAAAAUAAAAAAAAAGAACGAAACUUCUUGACAUCACACUCGAGCAGUGAGGAAAAGGAGGAAUAAGAAAACUUUCCUUACUUUUUUUUAAUGUCAUUUGAGGCUAUAAGUGUAUAAUAUUUAUUAAUUAGUUUAUAAAAUCCUCAUUUUGUAGCAUGUUUCACAUUAGUUCGCGAGAAAUAAUUUGUUAAAUGUAAUUAAAAUGAUUAUUCCACCAACGAAUUUUAUUAUAUGUAUGUACCGUGUACACAGGAACAUAUUGUUGUUUUGGCAAAAUUUAAAAAGUAAAAAGAAAUUGUAGAGAAUCUCAGCUAAAAAAAAAAUAUCAUAUUUUUUCCCUUCCUCAAAAUGCCCAAUUUCUUUCCCAAAGUAUCCCCUCAAUACGUUGCAAAAAGAAAAUGUUUUAGGGUUAUUAUUUUUAAAUAUUAGUAAUGAGAAUAUUUAUAUCAUUGAUGAAAGAAAAUUAAUAAAAUAUCAAAGAUGUAAAUGUACUGUGUAUUUGUAAUUACUGGAACCAUUUAUUGUACAAAGAAAAAAAAAGAAACUAAACAUCUAUGGAAACACUUUUGUAUCUAUACCACAAUCUUUUUGGUAUUUGAAAUUAGAUGGAAAAGAAGAGGCGGUAAAAAUCAUCAAUAAAUGUUUAGAUGAAAAUAUGCAGAAUUCACAACACAAUCCA